AAAAAAAAAAAAAAAAGAGCACGUGCUUCCGAGAGAUGUAAAUAUGAGAGAUGAAAUGUGAAAUCUCUGUCUCAGAACAACAAACGUUUAUCUGCUGCGUUUGAUAACAUUUCCCAUAAAUGAAGAUGUAGAAAGGACUACAUGAUGAGAAAAUCGAACAAAAAUAAAGGAUAAUUGUCUGUUUCAGUUUAAGACACCGAUUAUGUAACACUUAAACUUCAUAUGCAAUAUUCCCAAGAGUGGGGUAGCUGUUGUUCACAAGUGAAGUGAAAGAACAAUGAAGUCAACAAAGGGGACAGAGGUUGUGACACUUAGGCCUCUGACUUGUGAGAUGGGUCAGUUGUCUCGUCCAGAUGGUUCAGCUACUACCUUUCAGGGAGACACAUGUGUAACAGUGUCAGUGUAUGGACCAGGUGAAGUAAGGAUUAACAAGGAACAGUUGGACCGUGCAACCAUUGAUGUUGUGUAUAAACCUAAAUCUGGGCUGCCUGCAUGUGCAGACAAAGCACGGGAGAAAGUAAUUCGACACACGUGUGAAAGCGUGUUGCUUGCAAAUUUACAUCCCAGAUCUUCAAUAAAUGUCACAGUUCAGGAAGUGCAAGAUUCUGGCUCAUUUCUAGCAACUUGUGUUAAUAGCUGUUGCUUGGCACUCCUAGAUGCAAGCAUCAGUAUGAAAUGUACAAUGGCAGCUGUUGGCUGCUGUAUUGAUUUUGAAAAUGAGAUUAUUCUAGAUCCUACAAAACAACAGGAGGAACGGUCUAAGGCGACUAUGACAUUUGUUUUUGACAGCAAAGAUUUGAAACUUCUGACUGUUGUAGCAGAGGGAAAAUAUACCCGUGAACAGUUCCAGAGAUGUUUGAUUGUUUGUAAAGAAGCAAGUGAAUCUGUAUUCAGUUUCUUCAGAGAUAGCGUUAAGAGAAAAUUGUCUAAAACUGUAUAGCAUCAUACAUGGUCUUCGGACUGCAUCUAAAAUUGUGUGAGCUUAUAUUUGUCAUGUAACUAUCAGAGAUUUCUGUCUCUGCACAGGAUUUAUUAGAAAAGAUGUUGUCAGACUAGCUUCUUCUCUCUACAUUUAAUUGAUAUGAAAGAUAGUAAUGAUAAAUACAUAUAACAAAAUUAACAAAAUUUUCUUUUUAUUGUAUAAGUAAUACAAACCAGUGACUGUAUUGAAUGAAGAACUACCUGUAUACAGAAUCACAGGUGCGUGUCCAGUCUUGGUGCCCAUACAGUAUGGGUCCCACCAUUGAAAACAAAAGUUAAAAAUCCAAAAAACAAAAAACACAAAAAUUGAAUUUUUUUCCCCUAUAUACUGAUACAUUAAAAAGGUCCCUAUGUUGCCGUAAUGCCAUGAAGGUUUCCUAGCAAGCGCUGUGGAACAACCAAAAAGUCCAGUUCAGUAAUAAUGCAGGCUACCUAGCUGCUGUUUACACAUCGGGCAUUUAGGAAAUAGUAAACAGUCUUAUUCUGCCUAGUCUGCAGCCUUAAAUAACUUACAUUUAAACUCCAAGACGCCAAGUACAGCAUUAGGUUUUCUACUUUCGUUUUUCAACAAAAUGGCCGAUCGUCGCCAUUAUUUUGCAAGUGUCUAGACUCUGACAAGUUGACGUCUUUGAGUGUAAGUUAUUUAAGGCUGUAAACUCAUGAAAAACUGAGGAAAUUAGGAAUAGAUCUGUUUGUAUAUUGUGUCAGCAGUCAUUAUUGUUUAAGAAAGCUUUAACUUUUUACGGGCAAAAAAUUGAUUAAGAUAUAAAAAUGAAGAUUUUUUCAGUUCUAUUUAAAGAUUACAGAAAUAAAGCUAAUAAUUGCGAA